GAGCUCUGCUGGUGCUGAGCAAGCCCCCAGGCCUGCCCGUCCUGGGGAGCCCCGGGGAGCUAAGCCUGGAUACACUGCUGCCAGAGCUGAGACGACGCUUGGACUUCUCUGAUGAGCUCCAUGUGGUGAAGGCUCCCACCAGGGAGUGUUCUGGUCUUGUUCUCCUGUCUGGCUGCUACCACACCACCAAGCAGCUCCAGCAGUUCUUCACCAGUGCCCGCCAGAGAGGCCAGUACCCUGCCACAUACCACGCAGUCACCGUGGGAGUCCCAGCAGAGGCAGAGGGCGAGAUCCGCACUGGGCUGUGCUGGCAGCAGCAGGGUGACACUGCCAUGGUAAGGGGAGGGCAGAGUGUCCCGGGGAGUGCUGAGGGCUGUGCUCUGCAGGUGGUGCCAGUGCUAGCCCCGGGACGUCACAGCCUGGCCAGGAAGGAGGUGAAGAACACCCUGACACGCUACCGGGUGCUGGGUGCCAAGGGGGGCUGUGCCCUCCUCCAGCUCCAGCCCAGGACAGCCUUCCCAGAGCAGCUCCAGGUGCAUCUGACGCUGCUACUGUGUCCAGCCCUGGGUGACCACAAGCACUCAUCUCGCGUGGGCAAGGUGCUGGAGGUGCCCUUCCUUCUGACCCCUGAGGCUGCCCCGACCCACACACAGGUAUGUGGCCAAGGUGGAUGCUGGAUAGGGGCUUCAGCACAGCCCCCAGGGAUCCUACUGAGCUGCCCACCUACAUUGUAGGUGCUGGACGAGGAGUUGAUGUCCCGGCUGGGGCUUUCACCGCGACAGCUCCGUCGCCUCCCGCUCCACAUCCACCUGCAGGAGCUGGUGCUGCCCGAGGGCCCCCUCUGUGCCCCACCACCACCCUACUUCCUGCGCACCCUGCACCAGCUGGGGCUGCCCACCCCACCCCGCUCUCUGCCACCCCAUUAA